UAGAAGAGGAUGCUGGAAUGAUAAAGCAUCAUGCAUCUAAUCUCCUUUGAGAAUUCCGCUGAACUGUUUUCUGAUGGACGUUUGAAUUAUUUGACGGCACGGACACGUGGAUAUAGAAACAAACUUGGCGAUGGUGAUACCAAGAGGAUAACUUCAACUUCAGGACAGCCACUGCCUUCAUCUGACACUUGCCUUCCUUGGACCGUGGACCCUAGUAAACCUGACGGAAUAACUUCAUAAUUCUGUUCUUCCAGCUGAUGGAAGAGAAGACACCCAUCAAGCUUGCCAUGGUGUCCAGACUGCCUAAGUUCGGUGUCCGCCCCACCACGGGGGUCACCAGCCCCCUACCCAAUGGAACCACCCCUUCACCCCAAGACAGCAAGACCACCCCCCCAGCAAGACCCAAUGGGGUGGUCCGUGCCUCCUCCUUCUCUCUAAAAUGGAGGAAAGACGGGGGCAGUACUCCAACCACCCCCACUAGCCUUGAAGAUGAUGCAUGCCCAAAGGAGGGAGGGGACAAGCCCAAGACUCAGCACUCCACAUGGGGGAGGGAGAUCAAGAAACCCUCCCCAUCCACCCCUAAGAGGGUCAGGAGGUCUGGUUCGUCUGAGUCAUCUACUUCCAGCCCCAGGGCCAUCCCCCGCCAAGCCGCAAAGACCAGCCCCAAGGCAGGGCCCAGACAGGGGCAGAGCAACUCCUUCAGUGGAGGCCCCAAACUAGGCCAAAAUGGAGCUACUGAUGGCCCAGGACAGUCAGGCUCAGGGCUGGUGAGGCCACGGGCCAGCUCCAGCUCCCCGUGCAGCAGCUCUAGAGAUAGCCUGUCCCAGUCCAGUGACAGCCUCAAGUCCCUCACACUGGACAACAUGGUGCGCUCGCAGAGUUUCACCCACUUCAAGCAGAUCCCGUCCCCGACCAACUUGCCCAUGGCACGCUCCUUCUCGUUUAACCGGGCAGUGGAGCUGGCCAAGCCUCUGGCCAACACCCAGUUACAACCACCCAGGACCAACCACAUCAGAGCCCACCAGCUGUCGAAUGGGAGGCAGGGCCUGGGGAUGGGCCUAGGGACAGGGCUGGGGGGGCUUCAGUAUCCUCGGAGCCUCUCUUCAGCCGGCUCCCCCUCCACAACCCCUAGUGCCCUGAAAAAACCUCUUCUCCCCAACUGUGUUCUGAACAAGCCUUCUGCUCUGGGCUAUAGACUGACACGGCCUGGCCAGGUCAAGCAGCAGAAACCCCUGUUUACAGGGAGGGUGAAGGGGGAGGUCAGGGCUGGAGGAGUGGGGGACGGGGUUAGGGCAGAGUCACCCCCCCUCACCCUCACUCCAGACCCCCUUAGUGACAGCGACAGGACCUCAGGGGGGCAGCUCAGGGGGACAGGGGAGGGGCUAGAGGACAUGUCUCUCUCCUCAGCCUCAUCGCUCUCUCGAGGAGACACCAGCGAGGAGUUCUUGGAUGACUUUAAUAACCUGGCUGAUGGGGAUGUCCCAGACAACAGGACGAGAGAUAGUACUGCCACUCAGACCCGCCUGCGGAGCUUCCUGAAUGAGACCAUGGACUGGAAUGAGAUGGGCCUCUCAGGGCGGAAGGAGGAAGUUGUGGUGAGGACAGUCCUUAACAUCCUGCCCCCAGAGAGGGGAGACUUCCUUCAGGGCUCGUCUCUGGAGCUGUCCCCCUCCAACAGCUCGGGGGGCACUUACAUGUGGGACGAGGAGGAUCUGGAGCCCCUGGGACCCAGAACACACCCAUGUGAGAGCUAUGAUGACUCAGACCGCCUCAACAGCAUGGACAUUCUGAACAACCUGGACCCCCUGGAGCCAGCUGACCUGGAGGACGACGACCUCAUGCUGGACGUGGACCUCCCUGAGGACGGAUCUCUACGAACACAGACAACAGUGGCUCCAGACGCUGAUGAGAUGGCCCAUUCUGACCGCUCAGAGAGGGGGGGACGAAAGGGUCACUGGAGGAGGAGACAGCCUCGCUGGAAUGGACUAGACCACUUCCAUAAUGACAACAGGGGUCCAGUGUUCCAGCAGUAUGAGGGUUACACUUGUCAUGGAGGGUUCAUGGUUGGCCCCCGUCCUCUUCCUCCUGUAGGGAGACACGAUGGCUACUUGGGGGCGCUGGAUGAGCUCACACUCAAACACAUGGCCCAGGACUGCAGCUCUGUGAAAAACAAGCUGCUCAAACUCAAUAGUUUAUUACAGAUGGAGGAUGGAGGCCCAGAGGUUGUGAAGGAGGGUGAGGAGGUUGAGGAGGAUAACAGCACAACUAUACAGUUGGAGGAGCUAAUGAAGGAGGUGCGGGAGCUCAGGGAGGAGCUGAGGGAUAAGGACAGGACAAUCACACAGCUCACACGACAGCAACAGGCGUCUGCUCAUGCUGACCAGCCUGGGAGCUGUCACUGUCACCAGAGGCCACCGUCGCUCGAGGAGGACAGACAGACGCACCAAGACAAGGCCACACAGACCCCCUGGAGAGGACAAGGAAACAGCCAUGCCCUUCAAAUACUACAGCCUUCCAGCCCCAGCCACCACGAGCACCUCACCCAGGAAAGACUAGUAAAAACAGCCCUCACCGAGGGCCACAGUGACCCCCAGAGAAGGAGGAGCAGGGGAGAUAGGUCCCCUUGCACAGACUCUGACCGCCCUGCUAGAAGCCCGGCCAGGGGUGUCGACACUCCCCCAGCGCCCAACCCAGAUGAGUUGAGCGUGCUGCUCAGCACCCAGCUCAACAUCAAUGACAGAGAAGGGCCUGGGACCACUCCCAGCCCUACCCAGGGGCUCCCUGCAGCCAGCAGCCCAGCAACAGGAGCGCUUUCCAGGCCAGACGGGGGGCAGCGAGCCUCUCCAGAGGGCCCUGGCUGCCCUCGCGUCCUGCAGCGGCCUCGCCUCCACAAACGCGUGUCUGUCCCAGCUCUGCCUCAGAGGUACACUAAUGGCUCUCUUCUCCGAUCAGGCUCUGUAGGACUGCUGGCCAACCACAGGACCAAGCAGCUGCCGCCUCCCUCCAGGGGUCUACCCUGCUUCAAUUCUGGUCCCCAGGCAGUGGGCCCCUCCUUGGGCUGCAGUGUGCUUGCUCAGCCCUGCACGCUGGAGGUCAGGAGGGACCUCGAGAGCACCAGCCCCCCUAGUCUGGAAAUGCUAGACCUGGGACUUCUCGGAGCUAGAGUCCUGGUUCCCCCCAUCCUGUCACGCCUCCCCAAGCCAAAGAUCCAUUGAAGAGUUCACAUCAUCAAACAUAUUAUAUACUGUAUAACAUCUCUCCUCUUCCACAGCCUCAUGGUUAUGACUGAGAUACAUGGAGGGACUGUUUCUAACUGACAAAUCUCCUUCAUAAAUUGUCCAGUUACUUACUUACUUACUUAGCAGCCUUUCAUUGCACAUACUCAUUAUUUUUCUGUAUAUGACAAACAUUAAUAUUUUUUAUCUGGUAAUCUCACACGUGUGUUUUCUUUAAGAACGCCAAGACUGUACAGAAUGCUCCGGUCAACUCUACUCACACUCACAUGGGUCCUUCCUCUGGAACAGCAGAACAUGGUUUGACCAUGGUCUUCCAUGACCUCAGCAAUGUUACAUUUCUCCCAGAGGGUAAAAAUAGAAUGACAGAAAAAAAGCAGAGGGGUGGGGGGAGAAAUAAGGAGUGGAGCUUUCUGCUCAAACAGGGAAAUGGGUUGAAUGAAGAAUCAUUCAAAGAAAGAGGCUCAAAGAUAAACACAAUUCUCCUGAAUUAACCACAGUUCAUCUUGUAGUCCUAUUUCACCUCUAUGAGUAUGUAAGGUGAUGUGUGUCUGUAUGGGUGCUCUCCCUUUCAUCUGAGAUCAACGUCAGUGUUUAUUGUAUUUUGAGUUUAGGGCUAAGGUCAGUUUGAGGAUUUGAGGGUUGUGUUUAUCUCCUCUUCAGAAUAGUGGUUAACGUUUGGAUGCAUUCAGACAUGGAGAGUGUGUUAAACAGUUUCUGACAGACUAUGGCAGCUUCCAUGAAUGUGGGCUAUGGCUGUAAGUUAAUGACUCUGGCACUCUCUGUUUUACAGUACCCAUUAAUACCAUGCACACAUGAAAACACACACACACAUAACACACACACACAUAACACACACACACACACACACACACCAACCAAAUACUCUCACCACGUUAGCGCUGUCCAUAAAUUCAAAUCACUGUACACAGUAGUGUUGUUUCAAGUAAUUUAUUAUAGUAAGCUAGAUGGUCAACAGUGUCUUGUUUUUUUAGUAUAAAUCCGACCGACUGAGAGACACACACACUUCUGGAAAAUUCUCAUAUGGACAUUGAUCCAUCUGUCCCCUACAGCAAGACAAGAUGGGUGCCAGUGUGGUCCUGGGGGACUGAGCUGAGCCCAGGUGAUGACAGGUGUGUGUGUGUGUGUGUGUGUGUGUGUGUGUGUGUGUGUGUGUGUGUGUGUGUGUGUGUGUGUGUGUGUGUGUGUGUGUGUGUGUGUGUGUGUGUGUGUGUGUGUGUGUGUGUGUGUGUGUGUGUGUGUGUGUGUGUGUGUGUGUGGUGUGUGUUUUGUGUGUGUUUUGUGGGAGAGAGAAUAUUUGUGUUUGCCAUGGUGAGAUGUCCCAUGCCAUCCGGACCUGUCAGUCAAUACUGCUUGGUAAUUCCAAACAGAGAAAUCAAUAGGACCUUGGUUUUUAGUGAGAAGGGAGGAUGUGUGUGAGUCUCUAGAUAUACCAAUCUGGCAGUGUUUUCAUUGGGUGUGUGUGUGUGUCAGGUGUACAGUAUGUGCCCACAGGCCACAGAAAUAAAGCCAGGGAGAAAGGGUAAUGCUGUUCUCUCCAUCAGCCAAUCAAUAGCUUUCAUCAAUAAUUCUAAAGCAGGAGUAUAACUAUCUCGGGGGUCCAACAGGUCGAUCUCGCAGCCCGUACUCUGCCAUGAUGUGCACUAGGCCUAAACAGAUAAAUCGCUAGCCAAACACAUUCGUCUCUUGCUAGGUGUGUACUUGAAUUAAAGGGGAAUUACACUCAAACGUAUACAUUUUGAAAAAAAAUUCAAGACCUUAACAUUUUUAUUUUGAUGUGAUUUAUGCAUUCUGAACAUCCAAUUUUGUUGUUUUUCGAUAAGUAAUUGUCUGAGUGAAACAACAGAAAAAAGCAAGCAGAUAAAUGAGUAGCUCGCAGCAUUUUUUGAAGUAGAUCUCAUGUUAGAAAUUGCCGGAGACACCUGAGUUAGCUAAACCAGAACAAAGAGCCCACACUGCAACAAAACGAGCGGAAUGAAUUAGCCAUUUCUAACACGUUCUCUUUAGUGGCAAAACUAGCAAGCGUUUUUUGUUCAUUGUGUUAGUUAAUGGAACAUAGCUGCCUGCCUAUCAUCAUUAGCAUAUUAUACUUUACUUUUUUGUAGCUGUUGUUAAAGAUGACAUAUUUGAUGCAAUUGUGCAUGUUCCGUUUAGGAUAGGGUUGUCCACUCUGCUGUUUGGUUGUCGGUCAAGGCUUUGGGCGUACUCUGAUCACAUUUCUAACAACAUGGGGGUUAAUUAAUAAUUGUGAAUCUACCUACACUGUUAAUGCAACAGGACUACAAUUCCCUCCAGUUUUUCCACUACUUACACAUAAACCACUAGAAGUUUACACACCAGUUAACUAAUUUGUUGAUUACUUACUUAGUUACUUAGUUACUAAAGUGUAAUUACAACCGUUGUGAGAGGUAUAUGUCUAUCUUCAAUGUUUAACAUUUCUUGUUUCUGUAUUUCAUGUCAAAUUACCUAUCCACCCAUCCUGCUGUAAUACAUUAUCCCAUUGCAUAACAUGCAAUAUUGUAAGAAACAACAGCUAUAUUAACCAAUAUACACACUGUUAUUGCAGCAACGCUAUAUGCCUAACAACUGUUAAGCAACGCUAUAUGCAAGUGGAUUUUUAUUUUAUUUUUUAAAGCUAAUCAGCGAUGCACUUUAAAUGACAGUUGCGACUGAAGGAACACUAAACGGGAGAUUUGACUGGAUUCUUUUGUGUUUUCCUUUCUCUGUUUGUACUGUACGUCACGUUCUCUCUCCUGGAGGUUGUGUGAGACAGCAAUAAAGACUGUAUCAAACUUG